AUGCAUCUAUCUCUAUUUGCACUCCCUGCCAUCCUCUACGCGCAGCACUCUGCUGCUAGCACUCUGGGCAUUGUUGAUGUUGGGGACCAAUGCAUGAUAUGGUCAAAUGGCAACCAUGGCUGCACGGGCCAUUCGAGUCCAUUUGCCCUGCCAAAUGAAGAAGACUGUUCAAAAUUGGGCGAAGCAGUCAAUGGCACCAGCCGCGACUUGCCAAUGGUGUCCGUCGAGGCAUGUAGUACAGCAGAGGGCCUGCCAGCGGUGUGGAUUCUUUUGGAAAAGACCGGUCGGGUCACUUUUUUCAACAAGCAAGGAAACAUCUCGGCUUGUACAUUGAGUGACGGACUGAGGGUUGGCAGCACAUGCGAUGCUGUGGCUCCAGAAGCUCUUUGGAAUCCGACUCUACAUUGA